GGGAGAGAGAGAGAGAGAGAGAGAGAGAAACACACACACGCACACGCGUGCGCGCGCUCCGCACUGACAGCAUCCUCCCCGCUCCCUCAUUGCCAUAACAACGAACGGAAAAGUCAGCGUGGCUCGACAGAAGCGCGGCGCUCGGAAUAUGCUGCAUCUGAAGGGAACGCGGCAACGGAGGAUUUUACACCUUUCCGAGGGCUGAUCUCUCGCGCACACACACACACACACACACACACACACUGGUGGUGCUGCGAACCCAAGCCAAGGUGACACCCGGCCCACAAGUAUUUACGUAAAGCGAUUACCGUGGCGGGCGGCCGGGGCGCGGAGCCGGAGCGCACAGCGCACAGCGCGGAGAAGGAGCCACGCGAAGCAGCGCGGAGAGCAGAGGGGCCACCGAAGCGCACCGAUCCGCAGCGCAGCUCAGCGGGGGAGGCGGCCGCGUCCUCAGCCACCACCACCACCACCACAAGCAGCAGCAGCAGCACCAGCUCCAGCACCAGCGCCAGCGCCAGCGACAUGGCCCGGGAGAACGGCGAGUGCGCCGGCGGGGACUCGUGGAAGAAGCAGGUGGACGACAUCAACAAGAUGUUCGAGUUCAAGGAGGUCCUGGGGACCGGGGCAUUCUCCGAAGUGGUCCUGGCCCAGGAGAAGGCCACAGGGCGGAUGUUUGCUGUCAAGUGCAUUCCGAAGAAGGCCCUGAAGGGCAAGGAAAGCAGCAUAGAGAACGAGAUCGCCGUGCUCCGCAAAAUAAAGCACGAGAACAUCGUGGCGCUGGAGGACAUUUACGAGAGCCCCAACCACCUGUACCUGAUCAUGCAGCUCGUUUCCGGGGGCGAGCUUUUCGACCGCAUCGUCGAGAAAGGCUUCUACACGGAGAAGGAUGCCAGCACGCUCAUCAGGCAGGUCCUGGACGCGGUCAACUACCUGCACAAGAUGGGCAUCGUUCACAGAGACCUCAAGCCAGAGAACCUGCUGUACUUCAACCCCCAGGAUGAGUCUAAAAUCAUGAUCAGCGACUUUGGCCUGUCCAAGAUGGAGGGCACAGGUGACGUCAUGUCCACAGCAUGCGGCACACCAGGAUAUGUGGCUCCAGAGGUCCUGGCCCAGAAACCGUACAGUAAAGCUGUGGACUGCUGGUCCAUCGGAGUCAUCGCAUAUAUCCUGUUGUGUGGCUAUCCGCCGUUCUACGACGAGAACGACUCGAAGCUUUUCGAGCAGAUACUGAAGGCUGAUUAUGAAUUCGAUGCACCUUACUGGGACGACAUCUCUGACUCCGCGAAGGACUUUAUCAGUUGCCUGAUGGAGAAGGACCCCACGAAGAGGUUCACCUGUGAGCAGGCCCUCCGGCACCCCUGGAUUGCUGGUGACACCGCGCUCUGCAAGAACAUCCACGAAUCCGUCAGUCGGCAGAUGAGGAAAAACUUUGCCAAGAGCAAAUGGCGGCAAGCCUUCAACGCCACGGCUGUGGUGCGGCACAUGAGGCGGCUGCAGCUGGGCAGCAGUAUGGACAGCUCCCACCAUGCCAGCCAGAGCCAGAACCGCAACCAGAGCCAGAACCAAAAUCCAGCGCAUAUCAAGAGCCAGUCGACAGACUCUAGCAGCCCGGCCCGCAAGGAAUGUCUGCCGACGUCCUCCGCCCCCUGUAGCCUGGCCUUGGCGACUUCCUCACCUGCGGCAGGGCUCACGCCAGGAGGGGAGGGGCAGAGCCGCUCCCGCCCGUCCACUGUCACGGUAGUAAACACUGGGACCAAGUGACGCCAGGUUCCGCGAGGAACGAGCUGGGAGGCCACAGCACUGUGAGAGGGGGUGCCUCUCCACACUGUGCCACUGUUGUCCGGAUCCCGCCCCAGCUCGCCCCUCGCCCUGCUCCUCUCACCCUCCGGGAGGACUGGAUGAGCAGAGGACCUUUUAAGCGCCAUAUUUUCUACCGUCUCUUCUCCGACACGGAGUCUCUGCAUUGCAUCCCUGCACACCGCAUCCUCACGAAUCGGGCCAGAUCGCCUCCUCGUCCGCAGCCUGGAUUCGACAACGCCGCAGGGCUGUUUCCAUAGAAACACAAACAAGGACUGUGGUUCAAGUCAUACUAAUCAACUGAAUGUUUGAAGUUUACUGGCUGGACGGCCACGUUGCGUAAGACUGGAUGAGAAUCCUUGCUCGAAUCUGAAUGGAGUUCUUGUUCUGUGGUAGAAGCUGCCUUGGCCGUAGAAGGUCAGGCAGCUCUUCCCUGCGUGAAUGUUUCUCCCAGAUGUUACGUUGAGUAGAACAGCUUUUAAGCGAAUCCAGCACCUUUUGACCAGUCUAGUAGCUCUUGUAUCAAUGGUUCAUCUUCUUGAGUUCCUGCUCGUUUCCGCUUUGUUUUCGUUCCAGUUGCUGUUCUUAUGGUCACGAAGGCCAAUGGAGAGUUUUGUUUCCUGCUCCAAGGUGUUUCCAUCCCUGGGUUUCUAUCUUCGGUUCAUGCAUGCACACAUUCAAAGUGCUUUAAGAGUACGAGACGACUGUUGAGGGGUGUUUUCCAAAAGCGGCAUAAUGUGCGGCAGCAGCUUCCGGCGGGUUUUUGCGCAGAACUCAACGUGGCUGCCAGCAAAACUCGUGAAGUUCCGCCCUGACUGCCAGGCGGUAGAGAUUGUAAACAGUUUUUAAAAUCCCACAAUGGGGUCAUAGCAUUGUACAAUUUCUUUGUUAAUGGAAACAUGUAAUAUGUUUCGUUAUUUUCUUACUUUAUAAGACUUUUAUAAAAUCAUUCUAUAUGCGGUACCUAUACAGUAUAUAAACUUUUGUCGUCAUAUGUGCAGGUAUGUUUCGGAAAUCAGAUGGUGAAUUUUGGAGUUGUGGGCAGAAGGAAGAAAAAGUGGUUUAAAAGGCCAUGGUCAGGUUUUAUGAGAGUGAAAAUGGUGGUUGCGUUCGUGUUCCCAGUAUGCAUGAAGGUAGAACUGUGGUUGCAACACGGUGACAGACACCAUGAUGUCAGAGUGUGAGGUUUCACCAAUAUGCCCGAGUUCUCAGGGAAUUCCACAACUGCAAUGGAUGUUGAUUUACAGCUCGACGUCUUCAUUGCGGACCUGCUUAGGUCUGCAUAGACAUGUUAAGUAUGGUAAUGUGUGAACUACUCAUGAUGAGCUUUGUGGAUGCAGGUGACUUUGAGUGCAUUUUCCAAUUCUUGAAUUGUCAGAUUAUGUUGUGUUCUUUACAUUUCUUGGUACAGUGGUGACGAAUACAUUAAGUGAAUAAAAGUACGAUAUUAUAUAUUCUUAAGUGCCAUAAGCACUGCUUGGCUCUAAUAUCUUGUCAUGUUUUUGUAUUUUAGUUGAUUAGGUUUUGUUGGAAUGACAAAUGCCAUACUUUGGGGUUGGCCUCAGUCACCCCCCGACAUUGUCAUGGGCAGGCUUUGGAGACACAGGAAGCUGCAGAUCACAUGUUUCCUGGAGAAGUCUUCUAGAAAAACCCUGGACCCAGUGAACAAGGGGAUUUGUUCUGCUCCGGCGUCUUUGUGUGAAGUUGACUUGUUCUCACAGCUCUGCUGCAAUGACCACUUAGAUUCACACCUUCUACAUCCUGAUGAGGUCUUCUUGUAGUAGUGGAUGUGAAAACAAGAUACAGUAUGACCUCCUCGACCUGGAGUGGGAUCUUAGUUAGGGCUUUGGUUUAUAGGGAUGGGUUGCAGUUCCGUGUUGAGUUUGGAUUGAGGGCUGGGUUAUGACUGAGGGGUAAAUAAUGCCUGGGGAUUUUGUUAUGACUGGCACAAGUGUUUGUGAUGCGGCUGACAGCUGAAUUCACAGCAGCACUGCUUCGUCAUACAGCUUUCUAGCUUUAACUCUUAGCUCCUUGACAAGGAUAAUCCUGGUCCUUUCUAGGGGUUCCUUACUUUUUAUACAUUCUUCAUGUGAAAGACAAAAAUAACUAAACAUCUAUGAGAAGAAAUAGAAGAGAAUACAGCUCAGCAGCCCCUGAUCGUAAUCUCAGGGCUUGCGUGGGUUUGGCCAUAAAUGUUUUCUCAGUUGUGUUGAAGUCUUUUUGAAGAUACUGGCUUCCCUCUGCAAUCAAUGGCUUCCCUCAACAAAAUCAUUCAUCCGUUGCCCAAACCAGCUCGAACCACAGCUGCAAAUGCCGGAAACCCUCAUUUACUGCUUUGACAUCAAACUCAUAUGCUAUGUGAAUGUCCUCAAAUUUAACUCCCGUUAAUUCAAUAUUUCUAAAUGUAACCCCUGGACAUUAUUUCAAAUCCAUGGAUCCGGGGUUCUGUGACUGGAUCAGGUAGGAAAGUAGAGGUGAGAGGGUCUCUGAAAACAAUGAGAAAGAUGUAAACGGUUGAGUGCGGACACUAGCUAAUGAUUAAUUUAUCAGGUAUUCAUAGGGUUUUAAUGGAUGGGGAACUCUGGACUGCUUAGUUCAGACAGCUCAGCCCUGUUGUAUAUUUGUGAAGACACAUAUCCCCAUUCUUUUUUGGUUUAUUUAUUUUUAAAUACUGCGCUGUUCCUAGAUUUUCAAAUGUCUUUGGCUGAAAAUGUCUAAAUAGUAUUGAGAUGGAAAUAGAUUCUUUUAAAAAUAUUUUAGAUUUUUUCUUUUAACUUUCAUCCAUUGUCCAUGAAAGUGGAUGUAAGUGAUACUGUUAUUGAAGUAAUGCAUCUGCCGUUUCAAGCUGAGAUGAGCUCAAACACAUUCCUGGCUGGAUACUCUGGAAGUACAUGGUUUUCCACUGAUGUUGAGAAUAAAGAGUUUGGAUUUGUUCAGAAUUUUGCUUAAUACACAAAUGUUACAAUGAUCUGUCAGCAUAAUUUAUCAAUUGUUUAUGUGAUACACUUUUUAUACUCCCUCUGGGAUUUACGUAAAUAUAGGCCUGUUUCAAAAUGCUCUGGGUCCAUGACUAUCAUUGAGAAAAUCAAUGUGAACCGUACAGGUGUGUCUUGGUGUGAAGAACACCUGAACAGGUACGGUAAACGUGGCCAUCCUUACUGUGCUCUGCAUGGGUUUUGUUUGAAAUAGAGACAGGUGUAAGAGGUGUUGGAGACUCCCCACACCUGUCAUCAGGUCACUUCUUGGUUUCUCAGGUGCAGUGUCUGCUUUUCACCUGUGUCUUUUGGCUUUUCGUCUCUUUUAGCCCUUAGUAUGAAGUUAUUAACCUCUCGCAUGUUUUGCCAGUGGUCACCACUAUGUUUCACAUCUUGUUCACACUGGGUUACCUACUACUGUAGACACUGCUGUGAUUCAUGUACAGCCUCUUUUAAAAGGUCAUGAUGGAAAUAAAAAAAAAUGCUUUUUUUUCCUGCCAAUACAUGUAAAGUAUCACUAAGGUCUGUCAGUGUUCCAAGGUCAGCCAUAGGUAGAAAAGGCAUAAUGUUCAUCAUUUCCAUGUGCUGGUAAUUUUCCCUACCAUGAAUGACACACAAACACAUACACAGGUAGCCUGCUAAUCCAGGUUCUUUGGAGUUGCGAUGCCUGAGGUCAGAUUUCAUAGUGGCAGGUCUUUGACUCCUGGGAUUACUCAUUAGACCUAUGGUACAAAGAGAGUGUAACUAGUAAAACAAGAAGCUGUAUACUGAGGCGGUCAAGGGGCUGUGCACCUUGUAGAAAAAGAGGUGGUGUACCCAAUCUAUCCCCAAGAAGCUCAGUUCUGAGCCCUCACCUAAACCCAGUUAUGUGACAUCAUACCACUUAACCAACUGCCCAAGGAGACCCCAGGUUUUCAGCCCCAGAGAGUAUUCCUCUAGACUGCAUGUUUUCUAAAUCAGCCAUUGGUGUUCAGGUGUUGCACAACGAAAUUCUUCAAAAGCUUUGUUCAAUGCCAGUAACACCACUGUUGUGUUCUCUAAUUGGUAACCAAAGACAAAUGCAUCUGGUGUCUAUUAACAUGUCAAUCUCUCCCAUUCUAGUUUUGAUUGUGUACUAAGGGCUGACAAACAACCAAUAAGCAAAAACAUCUAAUGGAGCAUGUUCUUGUCUGUGCACUUAAAGUGUAUGAGCAUAAUUUUUUCAAAGAGCUGGAUCUCAGUAGAAUCCAGGUGAGUGUGGGUGAAUAGAAAGGUCCCUAUAGGCAGAAAGAGCCACCAUCUGCUUCAGUAGCAGACAUGCCAGACCAGGAAACUGUAGUUUUAAAUGUCUUCUCAUCCUCCCAAAGUUGUUAUUCUUCAUGUUUAUCAAGUGGAGCAGUAGCUCAGGCUGCAUCCUGGCAUGUAAGGGGUUUACCCAUAAGUGAAAUCAUGUAUUUGACACAUACUGUAUAUCUGUUGCAUAUUUCAUUAACAAGUAUGUUUUAAGUGAACCCUUAGGGCAUCCCACUGCCUUCCAACAUCCAGUUUGAGAACUUCAUUAAUUGGGCUUGUGGGUUGAUGGCUUUUAUGCCCCGUCAUACACCACCAUCGUUUACCAUAUUUGCACUUCGGUUCUCAUCUCAGUGUAGUAGACCUCUGGACUUCUGUCCUGUAGAAUAUAUUGGUUGAACAGAAGAUAAUUUUCAUGAAACAGUUGGUUGGCAUUCACACCAAAUUUGGUCACAAUGGACCAAGGCAGGCAGAGCUGAUCUCAUUUCUAGGUCAUACAAAUGACUACUAGUUUCAGCUAUCCUAGUGGUUAUCUUCAGAGUAUUCUUCAACAACUCAUCCACUUACUUUCCAUGCU